AUGUCGACGAUUCAGACUGAGCCACUGUCUGCGACAGUUGCGGCUCCCUACUUGAGCGCUCGCAAUGUGUUCGCGCUCAUCGGUCUCUGGCUGGUGUACCAGGUUUUCAAGGCUCUCUACAACAUCUCUCCUCUGCACCCUUUGAGCCAUAUUCCCGGCCCAAAGCUAUCAGCUGCCACGUACAUACCGGAGUUUUACCACGAUGUGAUCAGAUUCGGCCGAUACACCAGAGAAAUUCACCGCAUGCACGAACAAUACGGACCUAUUGUGCGCAUCAACCCCAACGAAGUUCACUGCAAUGAUGCCAACUUCUCCGAUGAAAUUUACGCCGUGAGUGGCCGCAAACGCGACAAGCCUGUUCACCAGAUCAACGGGUUACAUCCCAGUCUGGGCGAAGCUGGCUUCGGAACUGUUGACCAUGACCUCCACCGUGUGCGACGUAUCCCCCUUGCCAAGUUCUUCUCCAGGGGUAUGAUCGCCCGACUUGAGGGCGAUGUGCAUGCGUUGGUCCAGAAGCUCUGCGACAAGCUGCUGAAUGAGUCUGGCAAGGACGAAUUCGAUGUGACCAUGGCUUACAGCUGCUUCACUUCCGAUGCCAUUUCAGGCUACUGCUUUGGCGAGAGCUUUGGCUUUUUGCAGCAGGAGGGGUGGUAUCCCAACUUCCGUGCCCCGACGGCUUCUAUUCUCCGACCGGUCUUUAUUUUCCGCUUCUUCCCUUGGACUAAGUCUCUUGCGGUGCUUGGCGAGUGGCUUAUUAACUACCUACCCAAAGAUAUUGCUCUGCUUAUUCAGACGCUAAAGAUCGACAUUCCCAACCAGGUCAAGAAGACCAAGGCCGAGCUUGAUGCCGGCAUCCGCCAUGAGCGCCCCACGGUUUUUGGAUCUCUUCUGGAGUCGGACCUGGACUUAUUGGAGAAGCAGCCGCAACGAUUGGCUGACGAAGCCACUGCUGUUGUCGGAGCUGGGACCGAGACCACCAGCUGGGCUCUGUCCGUCAUCACUUAUCAUCUCUUGACCAAGCCUGAGCUUCUGGAAAAGCUCCGCAUGGAGCUCAGCGAGGUCGUCGAUGACCCGCAGCACCUCCCAUCUUGGACUAGCCUUGAGAACCUCCCCUAUCUUGGCGCUGUUCUCCAGGAGGGUCUGCGUCUUUCAUACGGUGUGUCUGCGCGUACUGCUCGCAUUCCCACUCAAGAGAACCUGGUUUACCGUGGCGAGUUCAACAAGAAGCCUGUUGAAUUUGUUAUCCCUCGCGGCUAUGCGAUCGGCAUGUCCGCCGCCAUCACGCAUCACGAGGAGGGUGUAUUCCCCGACUCUUACCAGUUCAUUCCUGAGCGCUGGCUGGACGAGAACAACCAGCGUAGAAAGGAUGUUGAAAAGGGCAUGCUUGCCUUCUCCAAGGGCAGCAGAUCUUGCCUUGGUAUGAAUUUGGCUUUGUGCGAGAUGAACCUGUGCCUCACAGCUCUUGUCUUGCGCGUCUUCCCUAACAUGCAGCUCUUCGAUACCGAAGACGAGGAUGUUGCAUAUGACCAUGACAUGUUUGUGCCUGAGCCGGCCGAGGGCACAACUGGAGUCCGGGUCAAGAUCGUCUAA